UGAACGGUAGGAGGCGGUGCUGCGUAUCACAGGCACUGCUGUACUCCUCAAACCUUGAGCCAGACAGGCUGUGUAACCAUGGACGCUGGUCAGCACAUUUACCAUGGUUACCGCUCAGGACUAAAACUUUACCGUGGUUUCGUGCGUUAGGCGAGAGGAUUUGGAAGAAGAAGUCACCGCCAGCCGAAGGUAGAAAAGAAAGACUGCAAUCGAGCUGCAGACCGUGCGAUCAGAAAGUGCAGACGUUUCUAAAAUAAGAAAUCAUGGCCACCGGUUCGAGACGUCAAAGUAGUCGCUUGGCUACAAACGCAAAGCAAGUGCCCCUGCCACAGAAGAACGCCACUACUCUCUCCCAGCCAACAGACAAACUCACCUCGCAAGUAUCAAAGAAGUCUGCUCGACAUGCUGAAAGGGCCAAGCCAGCUGGCUACACUCGGAAAACCCACAUAACGAGAGUACCAUCUGAGAUCCUGCUAAAGAUCCUGGGGUACCUGGAUGCCUCUUCUCUCUAUAGCAUGGGAUAUGUCAACAAGCUCUUCUAUCAGCUUGCCAAUAACAAUGGAAUGUGGCGCCAGAUUUACUCUGCCAAAUAUGGGGAGGGUAAGAAGUGGAAGGACAAGCCAGAAACCACAGAUGAGCUAGUGGAGAAACUGCGUGCGAUGGAUUUCAAGGACAGACCAGAGGGCUACUGGAGGGGUCUAUACUUUAGGACCAUAGCUGGCCACAACCAAACCAAAUGGAAGAAGAUGCUGAGAGCCAUCAAUCCAUAUACUGGCCUUCCCAGUCACACUGAGAGAGUCCUCAGGUUAGAGACAUUCUACUCGGUUUGUGGACAGCAGUGUGUGUCCUGGGAGAUCACAGUGGUCGACCAGUCUGGUUGUGAGUGGACAUUUGAGCAAAGCCACGCUUACUUCAGUGAUUCAUCAGUAACCAUUUUCUGGAGCAGGGGUUCAUGGCCCUCCUUCGGUCAACUUUCUACCUUACUGCUGCAUGGUGUCAAAAACGUACCUCUCAGAUGUUCCAAAACCAUCAAGCCAGGCUGGCGGUCUCUUAUGGCUCAGUUGGAGAUAGACAGCAUCUUUAAAAGCUGCCAGGUGAUUGAUGGAGACAAGAAGACUUCUAAGAGCAGCCAGGAUAUUGGUGGAGACAACAGCAUCCCUAUUAGCAGCCAGCUGAUUGGUCAAGAUGGACUGGUCAAUUUGCUACUGCUGUCACAUGGCAUCACCAUCGGCAUCUGGAGGCGCCAGGCGUCCAUAGCCUUUGUGAUGGCCACCUUCAACUACCACAUGCUGGUAGAGAAGAGUCUCCUGGGGUCAUCUGCUUGCCCCUACAGUAUUCCAGAGCACGCAGCUCCUUUUGACGACGUGGACCCUAUCUACGGUCUCCAUGGUUAUAGGCUUCACAUCACCCUCCACAACACUGUGACUGAAAUCAUGUCCGGCCACUUCUCUCAACUGAUCUCUCAGAAGAGUCAGAUCCGUGAAGGUUUCAUCCAGCUCAGUGUCAUCAGUAGGAGUAGUCAGUCCCAGCACGCACCUCUGUCUGGCAUGGUCAGCCUGCCCUGGAGGUCAGAUGUCUUGGAGGGUUCCAUGGAGAACUGCUGCGUGAUGAGUCUGACCCUGCUGGAUGAGUCCCAGGAACCCUUCUGGUGCGUCAGCACACCUGUUUCCAUGGUAGUGGCCAAUGAGGAAACUGUCUCCUAUGACUACCAGGGCCAGCACUUCCUGAUUACGUAUCAGGAUGUAGAGGGCAAGGUGCAGAUGGAUGUGGUGUGGCUUGAGGAACCGGGGCAGUUCUUCCUUAUCAACCUGGUGGUAUACAUCAGCACAGCCAAACUCAGGCAACACUUUGGAAGAACCUACUGAGGUUUCCGACAAUGACGGGGUCACUACACAUAGAGCCUGGGCUGUCAGGGGUUCAUGAGGCGCUUGGAAUGGGGAUGGAACUGGUCAAUCUCUCCAUGUUGCGAAGAGCAUUCUUUAUGUGAAAUAGUAUGUGAAUAACAGUUGAACUGUAUUCUGCUUUGGUAAAAUAUACAGGUUUGAAAACUAAAACGUCUUGUAUAUGUGUACAGUAAUCUCUUAUGUGUCUGUCUUCCCUGUCGUUUUUGUGAUGUAACCCUAACCCAUCCUAAGUUGCAGCUGUUUGUCCUGGUGACAGCAGAUUAUAUCAUUGCCCUGAUGGAAUGGUAACUCAGUGUUUCAUACUAAAUUAUAUUUGAAGCGCCAGGCCAUUGAUUCAGACAUAGAAUAUGAAAAAGGAAACAAUGACACCUAUUGGAUAUAAAUAAGGUUAAGAGGGACAUGAAAUGCCGCAAAAUCAAUGCAGUCUUUGAUGUUUUCUUCAUGGGUUUCUUGAUUUUAGUCAUCCCUUAGGAGCCCAAAUGAUAGAAUCCCUAAAAGCUUUCUCACACAUAGGAAUGUUGGAGUUUGUGACGCCAGAACGGUUAUUGCUAUUACCCGAAUUGCAUUGCUAAGUACUAUAUCUCAAUUAAUGCAAAUGCUGUUUGAUACUGACUAGGGUUGCACAAUAUUGGAAAUAACUGACAUUGCGAUGUUUUGUUUUUCUGCGAUAUAUAUUGCGAUAUGAAAAA